AUGUCUACGAACAUAUUCGGUGGGUUGUGCGGCUUUUCGGCCUCUGCGACGCCGCAAACGAUCGUUGAGAAUUUGUCGAGAGCUGACAGCAUUUUGUUGUUAAGCGAAUAUGGUAAGGAACUGACCCGUUUGCGAAUACAGACGAUGGCACGUGCUCGAGAGGAAUACACGCGCCGUGUCGCCGAGGUGAAACCAGUUACCAUUAAAGACCUUUCAAAGCGUGUCGUAGCGAUGAUGAUGAGCCGAUUCAGGAUCGCGUCCGAGCUAGUGCCUGAUUCAACGUUUGAUUUUUUAUUAGCAAAUGCACAGGAAUAUUUCAAACCCCUGAAAAAUAAUAAUUAUGGUGGAUACAUUGCCUUCGAGUGCUCAGUCUCAAACAAGCUUGCUAAAAUAUCGCCUUGA